UGAAAACAAUGGAGCAUGAUCGAUCUUUGUUCCAAGGGAUUUUAAUAGCUAGUAUCGCGUAGUAGGACGCGUUAUUACCGUUAAAAGUGUCCAUCAUCCUGACGAUUUGGCGUGCAGUUUGCGAUAGUUUCGGUUGUUGAACCAUCCAGCAGUAGCAGCGGUGCAAGGUUUUCUUCGAUAGCGAAGUCGAUAGAGUCGGACAUGUCUGGACAUUCUGAUACCAAACGCCGAUAAGAACCGUUUGCUAUCUGCGUGAUCUGAGGGACACACCUAUCUUGAUAGGAAGUGGAAUUGAUAUUUGCUUCCCAAACCCAUUGCUAUCGGUGUCUCGGUACGACGAUCUCGCGCACUCGCAUCGACUUCCAACCGGAUCUGUGGCUGCCAAUUGAUUGACUGCGUGGGAAACAAUCCACUUAGUGCUGCCAUCAAUCUGCGACGAAAGCGCCACAACAAUACAAACCUAUCUGUGGUGCGGCUGAGUGAUACAGAGAUUCGAGAAACGAACCAAAUCGAUACCCACUACCGCGCCGUGCGUUCAUAUGGUGGCGAUGGUGAGGAUUUGCAGUAAUUCGCCAAGCGAACCCCCGUAUCUAAUCGGUAGCGACGGUGGCCGCCAGGGCCGCACUAUCAGCAAUGACCGCAGCGAUUCCCACAAUCAUCUGGGUCUAGCCGAAUCCCCGAAAUUGGUGGGAUUUUCUAUGAUUUCCCAGACGUCACAGGCUGACGGCGCUAGAUUGUGGGCCUAGAUGUUGGGUAUAAAAGGAGGCCUUCCAUCCCGGUGUCGGCUGUAAUGUUGGCUUACGGUGAUUCGAUCAAGAUGAAAUACGGUGGUGCUGCGUUUGUGGUGCUCGCUGCUCUGGCUAUGCUGGGCCAGGGCGGUUCUGCGGAGCAGGUGUCCUACCGCAACUACAAGGUGUACGAUAUUCAGGUGGACAGCAUCGAGAAGCACACGGUUCUGAAGCGAUGGGAAGACGUGAAGGGUGUGGACUUCUGGGAUCGGGCCGGUAAGCGUGUGAUGAUCGCUCCGAUGCUGCAGGAUGCCUUCGAGCGGUUCCUGACGCUGAAUGGCUUCACCUUCGUGCGCUCCAUCGAGGAUGUUGAAGCCACGAUCGAAGCAGAGCGUGAGUACGAUCAGGAGUAUCGUCGUCGGAAGGCUGCUUCCGGUCGGGCGACGGUCGACUUUGAGCACUUCUGGACCAUCGACGAGGUGGAAACGUAUCUGGAGGAUCUGGCCUACGAGUAUCCGAGCUUGGUGAGAGUGGAAACGAUCGGAACGACGCAUCUGGGGCGCCGCAUCAAAUCGAUCACGAUCUCGACCAACAAUGGGGUGACCGGAACGAAACCGAUCGUGUUCAUUGACGGUGGUAUUCAUGCGCGCGAAUGGGGUGGCGUGAUGUCGGUCAUCUACCUGAUCCACGAGCUGGUCGAACACUCGAGCGACUACGCGGACAUGCUGGCCAAGGAUUGGGUUAUUGUUCCGGUGGCGAACCCGGAUGGUUAUGAGUUUUCGCACACUUCCAAUCGUAUGUGGCGUAAGAAUCGAUACCCCGCUACCGUGCUGUGUACGGGAAUUGAUCUUAACCGGAACUGGGACUAUAUGUGGGUGUUCUCGAGCAAUGCCUGCUCCGAUAGUUACGCCGGUACGUCCGCCUUCUCCGAGCUGGAAACCCAAGCCCUGAGCCGCGUGAUGCUGCGCUAUCAGUCGGACAUUGUGCUGUACCUGGCGGUGCACACGUACGGCGACAUGAUCCUGUACCCGUACGGUCACUCGUGGCCAUUCGUCCCGGUGACGAACCAGGCCGAGCACAUUGCACUCGGUGAGCAAGCACGCGCAGCUGUCACCGCUGUCGGAGGGCCAAACUACAUCGUGGGGAACAGUGCUGAGAUCCUGUACACGGCCAACGGAUGCAGUGACGAUUAUGCGGCCGGUGUUAUCGGGGCACGAUAUGCGUACACCCUGGAGCUGACCGGUGGUGGAACGACCGGAUUCGAUCUACCGGCUAGCGAGAUCCAGGCCGUCGCUACCCAGACCUUCCAGAUCUACCGUACCAUGGUCAACAACGCGUAACCAGUGAAGUCGCAUGUAUUCGUCAGUAAAGUGUAUUAAAUGACCGUGUCCACGGUUGCUACCGGUAACCCCGCUCUA